UCGUCUGUCCACCAUAGCCGUUGCUUCAUCAGAGGGCAGUUAAUUGGCGAUGGCAACAGCAGCAGCAGGACCGCAGUGUUCCCUCGAGGCUGUGGGGACGAGUUUCCCUCAGCAUGUCCGACUGCAGGGAGGCGCUCCUGCAAAGCACGUGCAGGACAAGCGCAGCACGUGGAACUUCUGCAUGUCCCAAGCCCAACGCUGGCGCAAAGUAGUGUUAGGCGACCAUGUGUGCGCGGGAACGUUGACGGGUUCUUCCACGUGGCGUUCCCCCCAGCCUGAACGACGAGAGAGACGGAUCGUACGGACGGGAAUGCUGCAGGUGAGUUCUGAGACAGUAGAUGCGCUGACGGGAAGACAACGAAUUGGGCGAAGCGGCGGGUAUCAAGCAAUCAGGCAACCGAAGACAGAAUGUGUCGAAGAACCUCGCCAUGUUCCGCGCAACAUCAAGAACUUGGAUGAUGGGUCAUGGCCAUCGUUGCCGGCAUCGCCAUCAUCACCAUCGUCACCGCCAUCGCAGUCGUCGACUCACCAACACGAUCACGGUGAGGACGCACACAGUCGGAGAAGAUUUCUCGGAAGAUUUGUCGGCUCGGGUCUGACAUUCGCAGCGUCCUUUGGCAGCGCUGCGCGCAAUGGACAGGUGAAUGAAGGGUGGAAUGUUUGGUGGGGAUUGGCUCCUGCAGCAGCUGAGGAAGCACAGGAUCCAGGGAACUCAGAUGCAGUCGGCCAAGGAGAAGCCACUCAGACGGCAACGCCUGCACCGCCACCGACUGCGGCGUCCAGUGCCGCACCAGAGCAGGAAUCUGGAAAUCCCCUUGAUAAGUUGACAUCGUUCUUCGAUCCGGAUGAGGUUACGAAGUCUGGUCGUAAACUGCCCAAAUCCUAUGUCCGUAACGCGAGGGAGGUGAUCAAGACUCUGCGUGAAUCGUUCGAAGCGAAGGACAAAGAUUUCGCUGGGUUCCGACGGACUGCAGAUCCUGCCAGAGAGGCCAUCCAGGUCUAUUUGGGCAAUUGGAGGGGAGCGAAGCAAGUUAACCAGGAGGACACGUAUUUGAAGAUCGAAUCUGUCUUGCAGAAAUUGGGUGCAUUUUAUGCGAAGAAGGGUCCAAGAGCGGUUCUACCAGAGGACUUGACAUCGGAACUCUUGAAAACCUUGGAGGAAGUAGACGCCGAGCUGUAGACCUGUUAAAGAAAAAAGAGGAGGAUAUUUCAGGAAAAGCAAAUGUUGAAUUUGUUGUGCUGCUGCACACCAGGUUCAAGGAGGAUGUUGUUGUGCGAUAGCUAAGGCGAAUUGAAUCUUUGUGUGUGUCCUUGAUUGCAAAACUCAUGUUAGCAACAUCAUUAUUUUUUAUAUCAAUUUUUAACUUUUAUUUUUAAGGAGAUGAGGAUUUUUAUUCACGAGUUCUUUCUAUGCAGAAUUGCCCCAUCGGGUCUCGCUCCACUACUCAACAAAUGUGCAAAAGUUGA